AUGUCAAUGUAUCUAUUUACGGGUCACAAUUUCCAUCAUGUGUUUCUCUUUCAGAUUAACUGCAAGCUCUUCCUGUUUAAUAAACUUUCUUUAACUUGGAUUGAAAAAGGCAGAGGAUCCCUGAGGCCUAAUGACACUUCCAGCAAUAAAUGUGGCAUGUUGCAAUCGAGGCUGAUUAUGCGAAAUCAAGGCAGCUUGAGACUGAUUCUCAACACCAGACUCUGGGGUCAAAUGGUGUUAAAAAGAGCAAACAGUAAAAGCCUGUGUUUCACAGCAACAGAUCAAGAGGACCACUCUGUUCAAGUAUUUCUAAUUCAGGCAAGAUCAAAAGAUGCUGGAUAUUUGUAUGCAGCAAUACAUCACCGCCUUGUGGCAUUGCGAAGCUGUGCUGAGCAAGAAUCAGAUGCUAAUCAAAUAGACACAGAGUCAGAAACAGCUUUUCAGCUAUUAAACUAUGACAGUGAUGAAGAUGAUGAAAAAAUAACCCAAGUGAGCAGCAGUGGAUCUGGAGAAAAAAAAGAAGAAGAGGAAGAAGAAGAAGAAGAAGAAAAAGAAAGAGGUGAAAGGGAAUAUAAAAGCAGUUUGAGAGCACAGAUUUACUAGUUAAAUAUUUACUUUGAUUUGCAGAGAUUUGUGAUACAAAUAUUCAAAUAGCAUCCAGCAAACAGAUUCUGAAAUACGACUGUCAGGUGUUCUUGAGUGUCAAGCCCUUUAGUUUAAGCUUCUAUCUUUUAUUUGUGUUCAGACAAUUCCUGUCAGCAAUUUUAGCAAUCCCUUUCAAAUGCUUUUUGGAUGACUUCUAUCAUUCCGUGCUUAUCUCUUCCAUUAUUCUCAGAGCCACGAGGUUUUAAUUUGGCAUAAAUUUCAGUCAGUGGUAUCCAAGUCCCACUUUCUGUGCAGACAUUCACUUCUUACAUGUGUCUGUCCCUGGAACUUCCAUUUCCAAAAUGGAAAUUGCAGUCAUAGCUUUUUAAAUAAGGUGAGGUCAGUUUUAAAUACUAAUGUAGAAAUGUGUAUUUGGAUGCAAGAAAUCAGAUCCUGCACAUUUAAGAACAUGUGAUAAAGAGCCUACGUUUUCAUUUUCAUUUAAAUAUGUAUGUUGUUUCAUUCAUUUCCUUUAAAAUUGUAGAAUUGCUAAGGUUGGAAAGAAUCUGUAAGAUCAUCCAGUCCAACCAUCCAUCUACUUCCAAUAUUGCCCGCUAAAUCAUAUCCCUAGGUAUCAGAUCUGCCCUUUCCUUAAGUGUCUCCAGGGACGUAACUCCACCACUUCUCUGGGCAGCUUGUUCCAAUGCCUGACCAAUUCUUCUGAGAAGAAAAAAUUUUAAUAGCUAAUCUUUAGUUUAGGCUACUAUGAGAAGCAUGACUUCUCAGUUACUGCGUCAUUACAAUAAAUAAGAUUUAAAAAUAUGCCUAGAUUUUAUUUAAUUAUGUUCUACCUGUUUUGUCUCAGAAAAAGCAAUGACAAUUCUCUCUUUUCUUAAUACAGGCAAUUUUCUCUGCGUUAAACUGAAGUUACAUAGUUCCCUAGAUUAUAAUGUAUAUUUCAUGACACUGUAAAAGACAUGGAAAAAAUUAAUCGAAGUUAUUUUUGAUGUAAAAGAUUGAAUAAAAGCAAGUAGAAUUUAUAUUAGUGAAGUGUUUGUGAACAGGAAGGUGAUGCUAUAUGCUUGCAAUAAAUUUUCUUACGUGCAGUUCUUCACUAUACUGUCCACAGAACAUUAACCUUAUAUAAGGACGCUGUAAAAGGUAGGAGAGGUAUUCCUACUAUUCAGUAUAGACAACUGUAUUGAAUUCUGUCACUUCCAAGGAAAGAUGUUGUUUUCAUAAGAUCUGUAAAUAAUAAGCUGAUUUUUCUGAUGUUUAUAUUACCUUGUAUUUCACUAAUUCACAACUCAGAUACUUUCAGCAACAAAAUGAUGUUUAAAUCUGAAUGGAGACAAACUGAACAAUUCAUCCAACUUCAAUCAGUUUUUGAAAGUGGUUGUCAUCAAUUACUCUCUUAGAAGUGUUUAUUUUUCCCACUAACUACAAAAUGAGCUGAGGAGAUGAAUUUAGAAUAGACAGCAAACUUCUAGACUGACAAAAGUUAGGCAAAUUUCUCCUUCCCUAUAUAUAACUUGCCUGCUCAGUAUUUCACUACAUUUGCCUCAAAUUGUCUUUGUAAUAUCUAGCUGAAAAGAGAUCAGCAGAAUUCUUUAUCGUACAUGGAAAAAAUGUUCUCACAGAAUGAUUUAACAAAUAAAAUGAUGAAAAAAGCUGGUAGGAUAAUAUGCAAAUAAUUAGAAUUAGAGUGUUCCUUUCUGAGGGGAAUCCUUUCUUGUUUUUCUUCUCUUGGCAUUUGUAAACUUCAUAUUCUUUGCUGCAUAAUGGAUCUGCUUCUACAGACAGAAUGGAGAAUUUUCCUUAGCCAAGUGUACAGAAUAGCUUGGUAAGGGAGAUUGGUCAUUGUAGGCAAGAAGGUGGACCCAAACCCUGUGGAUAAGGAGGAACUAGUACCCAAUAUGUGUGCUACAAUGAGUAAAAUAAUGUGCAAACCAUUGCCAUUUCCUCCUCUACCUUAGUUUAUAGAUCUCAAACAUCUGCUUGGGAUUUUCUUGUAUGCUGGCAGACCUGUGUCAGGUAUCUGUGCAGAUUCAGUCUGUGCAGAUUGUGAACACCUGUUUUUUAAGUCCUUUGACUACAAGCUGUCACAAUUUCAGCACUUGGGAGUAAUGAAUUCCUCUACUAAUACACUUAAGUUCUGGAUAUAUAGUUUUUGUAUAGAUGAUUCUGUAAUUUAGGCUCUGAAUCUUUUACAAGAUGCCUUCAUCUUUUCACUGGUCACAAACAAAAGAGGUAUCUAUGUCAGGCUCAAAGAGUCAACCAGCAAAAACAUGGAUCUAUUAUUUAAAACCACAAUACCUAAGCUUACCAUUGGCAAAAGCUGAUCAGAAGUCAUUACUUAGACUCCUAAGUAAACAAGAUGUCCCUGAGAAUAUUUUUGCCUCUGAUCAUUUUAAGAGGUUUUACUGUGUUGUUUUAAGGCUUUUACAGAGAUUUCUGUCCUUUCUUCAAAGGGAUAAUGUUUUGUUUACAUCUAUAAAUAUCAGAAAUACUGGAAGGUCCGUAAAACGAGAAACUUCCAUAUUUCCGUGUGAGAAAAAAAAAAACACCAACAUUUUAUACCUCUCAAAUAGUAACAGUUUUUUCUAAAUCCAAAAUGCUAUUAUAAUACUUCAGGGAUAAAGGUGACAGUUACUGGUAGGUAAAGAAAUGCUUUAUGAUUUAUGUCUUACACCAUACCUCACCAUUAACUCCUUUACAUUUGCUCCUAAGUUCAUUCUGAUUGAGUGACCCUCUUGUUUUAUUGAAGUGCAUUCUCUUACCUGGUAUGGAAUUUUCUUUUAGACAUUAUUAGAGUGAAUUCAAAGUUGCCGAUGUCCAGGACUAGGUAGGUCCCAGGAAGUCUACCCAUACGUAACCAUAAACCUUAAGAGAAAACUAAAUUGGAGACAUACUGUGUCCUGCGUGGAUCCACCAAGAAUCCACUAUGGAUUUGGGAGACUAGUGAUGCUGAGAGCAGAACAGCAUCAUGUUAUGGAAAUGCUUUAGGUUUUGUUCUAUCACAGAGAAAUUUUCUACUCCACUGUACGCAUAUCUCCGAUAUUGGCCUCAUUAGGACUCUGUCAUUUCCUGUUGUUUAUCAAGACAUAAGAUCUCUGUUAGGAGAGUGUUGUUGCUGUUGCGUUGCUUCUUACAAAAGCUUUUUAAAGAAACUAAUGUUGAGCAAUGCUGUAGGAACUCCUGCUAUCUUUGUUUGACAUUUCUUGUCAAUUCAAAUUCUUAUCCAGUGUUAAAGAUUCUAAAUCACAAAUCGAGCACAAGCACACAUACACAUUUGUUAGUGAUUUCAAAAAUGAAUGCAAUUAAAUUUGAAUUUUUUUUAUUUUUUGUGGGGUGUUGGAAGCUCAAGUUUAUCUAUUCUUUGCAAUGAAAAUCAGUAAUGCCUCAAAAAAAAAA